UCAUCUUCUAUGUAGGUUAUCCUCACAUGGGUCGCGGGUAUGCUGGAGCCUAUGCCAGCUGACUUUGAGAGGCGUGUACACUCUGGACCGGUAGCCAAGCAAUCGCAGGGCACAUAUAGACAAACAAGCAUUCACACUCACAUUCGUACAUAUGGACAAUUUUGAGUCGCUAAUUAACCUAGCAUGCAUGUUUUUGAAAUGUGAGAGGAAACCGGAGUACCCGGAGAAAACCCACACACGCACGGGGAGAACAUGCAAACUCCACACAGAAAUGCCCAACGGAUACUCGAACCCAAAUCUUCCCGAUCUCCUGACUGUGGCCAACAUGCUAACCAUAUUAGUCAUUUAGUGAGGUAAAAAGACAUAGCAGACUACUUUUGCAUGGACAUUAUAUGCAAAAUAAGAACAGUGAAGGCUAACAAUUGGGUCAAAUAGCUCCCUUCCCGGCAGUUAGUCUGUGUUUUCUCUGGACUGCAUGCUGUUGCGCCACCAUCAUCUUCAGAAGAGAAGAGGAAGCUGCGGUUUGUGCCGUCAUUCCUUGAAUGUUCACCUCCAGAGCACCAUAAAAAACUCCCCUCAUACGUAGAUCAUGUCUGACGAAGAGCCUAAUGUGCCAAAAUGGAGGAAAAUAGCGUUAAGUGAAAACACACUUUUUGGGAUGGGCAACCCCCUGCUGGACAUUUCUGCUGUGGUGGACAAGGACUUUCUUGAUAAGUAUGGAUUGAAGCCCAAUGACCAGAUCCUUGCCGAGGACAAACACAAGGCCUUGUUUGAAGAAAUUGUCAAGAGAAAAGAAGUGGAAUAUCAUGCUGGUGGUUCGACGCAGAACUCAGUGAAAAUUGCCCAGUGGAUGAUCCAGAAGCCCCACAAGAUGGCGACCUUCUUCGGCUGCAUCGGCACCGACCACUUCGGGGAGAUCCUGAAGAAGAAGGCAGAGGAAGCCCACGUGGAUGCCCGCUACUAUGAACAAAGCGAGCAGCCCACCGGCACCUGUGCGGCCUGCAUCACAGGCGACAACAGGUCCCUGGUCGCUAACCUGGCUGCAGCCAACUGCUACAAGAAGGAAAAACACCUGGACCUGGACACCAACUGGGAGCUGGUGACCAAAGCCAAGGUCUAUUAUAUAGCGGGCUUCUUCCUCACCGUGUCCCCCGAAUCCAUGCUCAAGGUGGCCAAGCACGCAUCGGAAAACAAUAAAAUCUUCUGCAUGAACUUGUCGGCGGCGUUCAUCUGCCAGUUCUUCAACGAAGGCCUGAUGAAGGUCAUGCCCUACGUGGACAUCCUGUUUGGUAACGAGACGGAGGCGGCGACAUUUGGCAAAGAGCUGGGCUUUGAGACGGACGACAUCGGCGAGAUCGCGAGGAAGACCCAGAACCUGCCCAAGGACAACCUGAUUAGGCCGAGGAUAGUGGUCUUCACCCAGGGGAAGGACAACACUGUCGCAACCACCGGUGACAAGGUGACCAUGUUCCCCGUUUUGGACAUCGACCAGAACGAUAUCGUGGACACGAACGGUGCCGGAGAUGCCUUCGUUGGAGGGUUCCUGUCUGCGUUAGUCCAGGAGCAUCCGCUGGAGGAGUGCAUCCGAGCGGGACACUACGCCGCGAACGUCAUCAUCAGACGAGUGGGAUGCACCUUCCCCGAGAAGCCGGACUUUCACUAGAUGCAUCCGAGAACAUGGUUGCAUACAGUACAUGUCCGUGUCGGGAGUUUAUGUUUUUCUACUACACAGUGACCACAAGAGGGCACAAUAAUCAACAAAUUGCUGUACUAGUAACAACUUUUUACCAAAAAUCUUCAAUUGGCAUUUUUUUCCUGUCAUUUGUAUCUUGCUAGCAAGAAGACACAAACCGCCUGAUGUCAAAAGGUAAUAAAGUUCACUUUCAAUAUGAUAUUUUUUGUGCACAGAACACAAGGACACAAUUUUAUGUGGAUCGUAAUCCAAGUUUGUGCAGUGGUACCCGUAGAUCUCAAAGUGGGCCAAAAAUGGUUUCUCUGCUUUCAGUUUUGAUGAAGUUAUUGCAUUUUUCCGCCAUAGAUUGAACGCAAUUGCAAAGACUGACCUCAUUAGUACAUCCUGAUAGUUUUGUUGGACAACUUUUAUGGUAGUUUUAUUAUUUUCAUCAUACCACCUAGACCCACCACCUGGAGUCGUUUUUUACAGUACGCUAACCAAAAUUGAGUAUGUAUGGUAAAAAUUAAGCAAAUAUGUAACAGUUUUCAAGUCAUUUUCUCACUCGAGUGCCUUGCUCAUUCCUUCUUAGGGUUGUCAUGGUAACCGAUGUCUUAAAAAAGACUAAUAUUGAUUCUAAAUAAUUGGUUUUACUGUCUUUUAUUUCCUCGGCAAUGUAGUAAAAUGCGAUAUGGUUUUACUGCACUUCUUUGUAUUAAGUAACAAAUAUAACGAGUUAAUAAUAAAAAAUAAAAAAAAGGAUGAACUUUUUACCCUAAGGUCCCAAAAUGAUCCCUCUCACAAAAGUGUAAUAAAAAUGUAAUGUAAUCAUUUUUUUUUUCACUUUCACUGCAUCAAAUACAAUGGUUGUUUGUCUAUAUGUGCUCUGUGAUUGGCUGGCGACCAGUCCAGAGUGUACCCCGCCUCUCGCCCAAAGUCAGCUGGGAUAGGCUCCAGCCUACCCCCACGACCCUAAUGAGGAUAAGUGGCAUAGAAAAUGGAUGGAUGGAUCCAGUAUUUAGUGUAUAUAUUUGGAUUAAAAGAACCCCUGGGAAAAGUGUGCCAUCAUUUAUUAAUUGCUAAAACUCUGUUGUGUAUCGAAAACAUUCCGUUUUUUAAUGGGAGUCAAUGGGACCAAAUUGUCCCUGAGAGUCCAGAGUGUGCACAUAAAGGGAAACCAUCCCACCUUGCAGUAGAGGGGAUCAUACAAUGAAACAAAAUAUAAGAAUAAACAACAAAUUCUGGGCAAGUUUGAAACAAUGCACUAUAAAAGUGAGCGAUACAUCGAGAAAAAAAACAGUCAAUAAGCAAAAUGUGAAGGUUUGGACCUCCAAUGUGGCACAUUCAUCUAAAAAAGAUGCACACCAGUUUGGAAUGGCUCCAGCAAAUUCAACCAAAUGCUUUAUUAUGCUAAUUGUGUCCAUUAAAGGGGAGGAUAGGGGCUUGGGGGGUGUUAUAGGAGCAUCCUGGGUGCGCCCCCCUCUACAAACGAACUCCAAAAGUGCCAAAAGAUGGAAUAUACAGUAGGAGCUUUUUUUAAGACGUUUCUUAGGUAGCUCUUUUUAUACCCAUCCCCCAGCUGUGCCAUCUAGACGGAGUGGGGGGUCCGCUAAGCGACUGUGGUCCAACAACCUGUUACAUCAUCUUAUCAGCUGUCAAUCAACAACAAAAAGGCUUCUCAUUAACUGUUUGUGGUGUUUUUUUUCUCCCACACAGAUGCCACUUUGAAAGAAAGUAUGUGUGUGUGCGUGUGUGCGCGGGUUUGUGAUUGGGCACGAUCACACUCAUGGGGGGCAGCUGGCUCAUUGGCCUCUCUCAAGAUGACAGAUGGCAAAACACAAACACAAAAGGGGAGGCAGCCAUGAUUAAGUCAUGAGAACGGACGCCCACAAUGGGAGGGAAAAGUCCUUUUCUCCUCACUUUCCCCGCGGAACUUUUCAUCCGUCAUGUGGAGAAAUGUGAUUAUUUAUGUAAAAAUGGCUCAAUUUUAUGAACUUUGACGGAUAUAUGAUGGUUAUAUGGUGGUAGGAAUCAUGGGGGCUGGUGUGGUGCCCCUACAGAUGGGCAGCAGUGUUGGUGAACACCAGUCUAGUCUGGUCUUGGCAAGGGCCGAGCGGGUGUCGUUUUAAGGGGGAUGGGGCACAUUUUCUCCCAUUCAAACCAUCCAAGAUGUACGUGGGGGGCACGCUAUCAGCAUCACCUGCAGCUCCCCUUCCCCGUCCUCCUCCAUGACAGAUUUACAUGACUCCCACCCAUUUUGGACAAAUUAACAAGAUGUAUGCAGAUUGCAUAGGAUGUCACGUCCCAGAGCGCCAUAUUUGUUUCUUAUGCAUGUUAGCAAGCCAGAGACAGGACCGUACCAUGUUUUUCAAUUUUGGGGCUGCAUCGUGACUCAAAAAAAGCAAAAAGAGAAAUAUAUUCCUCUAAUAAAAGUAGAAACAAAUGUCAUGAGACGUCUUUCUUUUGUUUGCCAUCCAUUUGUUAGCUACUUAGUACCAGGCUACUUCCUGGUUCAAGGACGAUGGGCUAAGAGGGAUGUUUCCGUCAUUUGCACAUGUAAAAAGAAAAUAACUUCUUCGGACAAAAUUGGAAAAAAAUUGUGGCGGGGACGUAUUUGUUUAGUUUUUGUUGGCUGUCCGUUUGUUAGCUAGCAGGCUACUUCCUGGUUUGAGGAAGACGAUGUAAAAUGGUGGGAUUGUACAAUUUUUUCACCUGGGGUAAGGGGACUGUUUCAGCCAUAUUGCAAAUGUCAAAGCUAUAAAAUAAGUUAUUUGAAAAAAAGGGGGAAAAAUUGUGGUGCGAUAUUUUUUGUCGUCUGUUUGUUUGCUAGCAGGCUACUUCCUGGUCCAAGGAGGAUUAUGUAAAACAGCAGGAUUGUACCAUUUUUUUCAUUUUGUGUAAGGAGAAUGUUUUAUCGUCAUAUUGCCAACGUCAAAACAACAAAAUAAGUGGAAAAAAUUGCGACCAGACAUAUUUGUUUUGUUUUUGUGUGUCGUCUAUUUGUUAGAUUGCAGACUACUUCCUGGUUCAAGAAAAAUACCUCUGAUAAAACAGAAAAAAAAUUA